AUGUCAAGCAAGAUAAAGCAUUUUUGGUGCCAAGGCCCAUUGGAUCGGGUGAUUUUGGACGAGCUAGGUUGUUCAAUUAUUCCGAUUGUCACAAGGAAAGUUGAAUUAAUUGCAUGGCGGCCACCGGAGCGAGGACAGGUAAAGUUGAAUGUUGAUGGAGGUUCUUGUGGCAACCCAGGUAUUUCAGGUGGGGGAGGGAUUAUUCGUGAUGAUCAAGGUGGAGUAGUGGCUGGUUUUGCUCACAAUUACGGUCAUGCUACUAAUACCAUUGCAGAGUGUAGAGCUCUCCUAGAUGGGCUUCGACUGUGUAGGCAACUGGGGUUGAGAGAUGUUUUGGUAGAGUCAGACUCAAUGGUCAUAGUUGGAUGGUUUCUUUGGAAAUUUUGGGAGGAAAUUACAACUAUGGUUGGGGAGCUUAAUGUUCGGUUUCGGCACAUUUUUAGAGAAUUGAUAUGGCAGUAG